AUGAUGUUCGCGUGGUCCCACCUAGACCACUACAUGGACAGCGUGGGGCAACUCACUUCGCAGAUGUUGGACCUAGUGCUCAACUAUUGCGCUAAGUUGGGCAGAAAAGUCGAUAAUGACGAAAGCAGCGACGACGGUAGCAAGCUAAGUGGAAGCAAACCUUCGAAUGAGAUCCAGAAAGAUGCUGUCCCUGCAGAAGAAAUUAAGGAACAGAAAACCAAACAGGUUGUUCUCAACGUUGUGACUGAAAUAAAGAAAGAAAGAUAG